CCUGGGACUCGGCCGGCGGCGAUGUGAAAGAUAAGUUAAAAAAAAAACAAUUUUAAAUGGUUUUUUUGACUCUUUUUUUUUGUGUUAUUUUUGUUUUAUACCUAAAAGUGACUUUCAUUUCAUUCAUUUGCAAAAAUAGGAGGAGUAAAGUGAGAUAAAAAGAAUAACAAGGGUGCAUUGAAGAAAAACCAGCAAGGAAGAUUUCUUCAAUUUCUUCAAUUUUCUUCAAGAGUUCUAAGAGCAACCUUCACAUUCUUAUUUGCCUCAAGUUUCACAAAACAAUCAUACAAUGUCCUCUUCUAGACCUCCCAUUAGAAAGGACCCUGCUUGGAAAUAUCAUGAGGAUUUUCCAGGGCAAAGAAAAGGGCAAACAAAGUGUAUAUUUUGCAAAACAAUAUUCCAUGGAGGCAUAUAUAGAUUGAAAUACCAUAUUGCUGGUGUGCGUGGGCAUGAUGCCGACCCAUGCACAAAAGCAGUCACUGAGGCCGUACGUGAUUGCUAUGUAAUGGUUGAAGAAAUUGAAAGGAAAAGGAAAGAAAAAGAGGAUCUCACAGUCAUUGGGAGACAUGCACCUUUAGGAACAGGGACACAAUUAGGUUGUGUUGGAGGGCCUUCUUCCUUACCUUCAUAUCGUCCCACUCAUUUUGCUACUACUCAUGCUUCCGGUUCUGCUUCUAUAAGUGCCAGUGCUAGUGCCAGUGCCUCUGCCCCUUCUCAUGUUCCUAGCACUGGCAGUGGUAGUGGGAAUGUUAGCAUUGGACCUAGGAUUCGUAAAUCUAGGUUGGAUACCUUUUUUGCACCUCGCACUACUCCUGGGUCCCAACAGUCACUUGAGAGCAUGGGUUGGAACAAGGAGGUCCAUGAUGCUGCUAAAAUGGCAGUUGGCAGAUUUUGGAUCUAUGGCAGUAUUCCAUUCUUCACAGCCAGGUCACCUUAUUGGCAAGAAAUGGUUGAUGCCCUUACCAUUUGUGGGGCGGGGUUCAAAGCCCCUUCUGAGUUUGAUUUGAGCGGACCCAUUUUGACUGAAUUGGUGAAUGAUGUGAAGAAAGAAUUGGGUGAUCAACGCCAAAUAUGGAGCACUAAAGGUUGCACCAUCAUGACUGAUGGUUGGACAGACAGAAGAAAUAGAACUCUCCUUAAUUUUCUUGUUUCUUCCGCAGGGGGCACCGUUUUCAUCAAGUCUAUUGAUGCCUCCGCCCAUUGCAAGAAUGCCACCUACCUAUGUGAGCAGAUAGAGGAGGUGAUUAAUGAGGUGGGUGAAGAGAACGUGGUACAGGUGGUGACUGACAAUGCACCAAAUUAUGUUGCUGCAGGUAAACUUUUGAUUACAAACUAAUUUUGUUUGCAAAUUAAUUUCUAUUUUGUAACCUCAUUAAUUACAAUGCAACAAA